AGUUUCCGAAUUUUUUCUUAGCAGAUGUAAACAUUGUUAACUUGACUCAAAGUCACUACCUGUGUCCAAAUGGCGAAUACGUUUCAAACACAAAGGUUUCGUCAUAUCCAAGUGUUCUUUAAGAACAAACCGACGGAAUCUAUUCUUUCCCCUAAAUCAUUUACCGUAAUGAACACAAGGUGUAUACAGUCAACCACCACACGAUGGAAGGGACCUGUGAAGCUUGCCUAUACUUCCUAUGAAGGAACAAAUUCCCAUAUUGUGUCACCCAGUACCGCCACACCUAUUAUUAUACAGCAUGGGCUGUUGGGAUCGAGAAAAAAUUGGGCGUCUUUGGGCAAGGCUAUUCACAGUAAGACAGGCAAAAAGGUCAUUGUUCCUGAUGCAAGAAAUCAUGGAGAUAGCCCUCAUAGUAGUAUACUUGACUAUGAAGUCUUGUCUGAAGAUUUAGUCAAGCUAAUGGAAGAUCUACAAAUACCGAAAGCCAUCAUGGUUGGUCAUUCCAUGGGAGGAAGAGCCAUGAUGAAGCUUGCAUUGAACAAGCCAUCUUUAGUUGACAAACUUGUGAUUGUUGAUAUAUCCCCUGUCAAUGUUAGCCCUGGGGCAAAGUUAAUGACUGAGUUCUUGACUUUGAUGGAAGACAUAAAUUUAGGAGACCAGCUAAAGCGUGCUACUGCCCGAAAAAUAGUUGACGAACAGCUGCAAGUCGUCGUUAAAGAUAGUCUGUUGAGGCAGUUUCUUCUAACAAAUCUUGUGGAGGAUAACGGGAAAUUCCGCUGGCGCGUUAAUCUUAAAUCGAUCAUUCAAAACUUGCCAAACAUAAUUGGGCAUUUCCCUUCAAAAGAUGAAAUUUUUACUGGCCCGACGCUUUUCAUUGUAGGAGAAAAAUCCGACUACGUCAAACCGGCGGACCAUAACGCAAUAAGAACGAUAUUUCCCAGUGCCGAAUUUCAAUAUAUCACUGAUGCUGGUCACUGGGUUCAUGCUGAAAAACCAGCUCAGUUUUUGGAGAUCUUUCUCAAAUUCAUUUAGGGGAAGGAUUAACCGCCCACCCAAAGAACAGUGUAGUGUAAAUUGAUUUUGUUUAUAUGUUUCUUUUACUAUGUUAACUUGCUAUUG